CUCAUGCUCUCGCUCUCUCAAAUAAAUUGAUUAAAUAGAAAAUACAGAAAUACCUUAUGUGAUCAAAUAAGCUUUUAUCUGUCAUCCUUUUUCAUGGAGAGGACAUAAAGUUAACACUGUAUUUGUGAUUUCAAAGAUUAAAAGCAAGAAAAAUGCCUAAAAAAUACCAGUUUUCAUUAUGCCAUGGGCCAGGUCUGUGUCACAGCUCUUAAUAAUUAUGAACACUGAUAUAUUUGUUAACAGUAUAGGAUGGCAUAACAGUAUCCGUACUUCCCUAAAAGGCCUCGUACACUUCAAUUCUUCAUGAAAGAAGAGCCAGAUGAUGGCUUUAAUGUAUGAAAGUGUGGCUCGCCAUGAAUUUGGGUGAAUGAGGAGCGUGCAUCACCAGUAGUCUUAUAUGUACCUUUUGUUCUUGAAGGCUGCCCUUGACAUUUCAGGCCUACCUCCUGUUUUCAAGGCCUUGUUUCUCUCUUGCUAUGCCCUCUUCUCUUAACAAAUUGUUUAAGACUACAAAGCUAUCAACCCUACUUCGGUUUAUCUAUUGUCCAAAUAAUUGUAUUGAUUUUGAGGUUUUCUGGGAUUUCACACUUAAGUCACAUUUUGUGAGUUGGUACCUCACUAGAGGUACCCUCAGAGACUUCAUUCUGUCUUCCCUGACAUUUGAAGCUGCAUUUAGUAGAAGUCCGAUGUCCAGAACGUGGGAAAUGACCGUCUCUGAUUCAGACUUGAUCAGAGGGAUUGUGUGAACUUCUGCUUGUUGUGAAGGAAUCUGAGUAACCACAACCUGUCCUUUUAAGAAUGUGCAGGAAGUCAUGGGUCAAAAGAAGAGUAAAUCUGAGAGGGAACCUGACAGCAUCCAACAUUUGAAAGGUUGUCAUACCACAAAGGGAUGAGAGCAGUAGGUACUAGUAGUAAAGGCCUAGGUUCUGACACGAGGCUACCUGGGUUCAAGUCAUGGUUCUACCAUCCACUAUAUGACCUUGGGCAAGUUUCUUAAUCUUUCUUGGCCUUGGUUUUCUGAUAGGUAAAAUGUGUAUAAAAAGGUGCUCACUUUGUAAGGUUAUUGUGAAGAUUAAAUGUGAGUACACUGUGAAGUACUUAAGCCCAUGCAUGGCACAUAGUAAAUGAUUGGUCAAUGAGAGAAAGCUAGAGGUAUUUUUGAAGAAUGUGAAACUAAUUUAGGGGUUGCUCUGUGUGUCCAAACCUAAGAUCAAUGCAUGAAAAUUAAAAGGAGACAAAUUUUAAUUCAGUAAAAGAAAGCAACAGUCGUCUAGAGUGAACUGUCUAAAAGGUAUUCAUUUUCCUUUUACUGGGUAAGCAGUAGUCUUCCUUUAAUCUGAUAUUUUACGGAAUGUUAUAAUCUUUAUUUUGUGAAGUAAUGCUGUUGGUGGGUAAGUUGGGGGUUUUCAUAUCUUUUUUUUUUCUCUCUCUCUCUCAGAAUAUUGACAGUCCUGUCAUACUCUAAAGUUACUUGGAGAAUUUUGCUGGUGCAUGAAGUGCAGAAGUAGCCUCCACUCAGAAACAAAUGUUCUCUCUCCUGUCCUCCAGUUUUAGAGGAAGAGGAACACCUUCUGUUGAAAGCCAGUGCCUUCACCUUCUUGAUUCCACCUUCUUUCACCCCUUCCAGCGUUUAAGACCUUGCUCUGCUCCUUUCCUCUCUUCCAUUUUCCACCAGUUCCAAUCACUGCUGGUUCUUCUGCAUUAUCUGUAAGCAUGCGUAGGCCUGUCCCAACCCUAAAAACCAUAAACUCUCCCCUUAAAUUCUUUAUUCUUCCAUGCCUGCUCUUCAACUUUUUGUUUCCUUUUAUAGCCAGGUUUCUGCAAGGCAUUAUCCGAUAAAGGCGGUCUCUGCUGUUCAGUCACCAGGGGCUUCACUGAGGACAGUUUUUCAUCUCUAAUUCUUAAGAAAGUACAUAGCAUAUGUUCGUUGAGUGUUUAAAGAAUGGAUCCUUUGCCUGCAUAGGAUUCCAGUUAAAUAUUGUUAUUCCUCUUGGACACAGGAGAAGAAUGACGUUAGACUACUGUCAAGGUCACAGAAUCCUUUUCCACACACGUGCUGUAGGUUACCAGUGGCACUGGGUGAAGCAGUGCCUUAAGUUAUAUUCCCAGAAACCAAAUGUGUGUAACCUGGACAAGCACAUGACCCAGGAAGAGACUCAGGACCUGUGGGAACAGAGCAAAGAGUUUCUGAGGAACAAAGAAGUGAAUAAACGGAGACCCCGAAGCUUACUAGAGAAGUUGCGCUGGGUGACUCUAGGCUACCAUUACAACUGGGACAGUAAGAAAUACUCAGCCGAUCAUUAUACACCUUUCCCUUCUGACCUGGCUUUCCUCUCAGAGCAAGUAGCUGCAGCCUGUGGAUUUCAGGGUUUCCGAGCCGAGGCAGGUAUCCUGAAUUACUACAGAUUGGACUCCACACUGGGAAUUCACGUAGAUAGAUCUGAACUAGAUCACUCCAAACCCCUGCUGUCUUUCAGCUUCGGACAGUCUGCCAUCUUUCUCCUGGGUGGCCUCAAAAGAGAUGAGGUGCCCACAGCGAUGUUCAUGCACAGCGGUGACAUCAUGGUAAUGUCAGGUUUCAGCCGCCUGUUGAAUCAUGCAGUCCCAAGGGUCCUUCCAAGUCCUCAGGGGGAGAGCCUGCCGUGCUGCCUAGAGACUCCUCUGCCCACCGUCCUCCCCAGAGACUCCGUGGUAGAACCCUGCUCCGAGGAGGACUGGCAGGUGUGCACCAGCUACUUGAAGACUGCUCGUGUGAACAUGACUGUCCGACAGGUACUGGCCACAGACCAGGACUUCCCUGUGGAACCCAUGGAGGAGAAGAAGAGAGACAUCACCACAGAAGGUUUCUGCCACUUGGAUGACGAGAAUUGCCAAGUAAAACGAGUGAAGUUAAACCCUGACAGCUGAGACUUGGGGAGCCCGUUCUUUUCCUCAGGCAGGUCUCACAGUAGAUGACCAUGCUUUCUUGUAUUGCCAUAGACUUUAACAUCAAGACAAGCCAAAAACAGAGACAGGGAAAAACUCAUCAUGGAUCACAGUGUUGCCUUGGAACCCAUCCUAAAGAGUAAAGCAGCUAGCCACUUCGCUCAGAGAUGUGUUGGACAUGGGCCAGUCUGGUUAGAUGUCAGUUCUGUUGUACGUGAGAAGUCCAAGAAGCAGCCAGAACAGCCUUCCCAGCCUCUGCCGUUACCUCUGAGAGAGGCAGAAGUGAGUUGCCAUGUUAUUGGAGCCUUAAAUACCUCAAAUUUUAUUAAUGGGAAACCUGACACCCUUCCUGCUACCCCUUCUAAUGAUUUGUGAUAAAAUCAUGGUCCCCGGAACCAGUCAGUAGGCUCCUCCUCCUUCUUGCAGCCACCCAGUGAUCUUUUCUUCCGUCUUCUCUGGCCUUCACAGAAAAAUCCUAUACACAUGAAGACAAUGGAACUAGAAACCUCGUCUCCUAGGAAAGAAAUUAAUCACAGCUCUCUCUUACCUAAAAGAUAAAAUAUAUAUAAAGCCACAGGAAGAGGAGUGGUAGUUUCUCCAGAUUUCCUUUAGGUCUAAACUCUUCCUGUUGGCUUUUUAAUGCAGUUUUAAUUGUUCGACUAAAAAAGCCCCAAGGGUGUUCUGUAACUGUUUUCUCCAUGAAUAAAACUCUCUCUUUUAAAUUAAAGAUCUGUAUCUGUCUUCGAGGGUUAGCGAAUCUGGGAUUAGUUUUCUUUUUCCUGCUUUUACUUGCUGCGUCGUUCAUGCUGUUGAAGCCCUCUAGCUGGUUCUGCCCUGUACCAUCCCGCUCUGCCCUAAGUAUUCUCUGUGAUUAUCUCACAGGAGAGAAUAUUCUUUGAUAUUCUAGUCACUGCUAUCUUUUGUGAUUGUGGGCAGCUUGGGAAAUGCAUGAAGCACCAAGUUUUAAUAUUUGUACCCCCACCAGCUCGAGUCACCAUACCCUUAGGUGAGCUGCUUUACAUGUCUCUGGGCCUCAGUUUCCUCAUCCAUGACAUGAAGAUAGUAUUGACUCCCAACUUCCAUUUCAGUUGAUAAUGGGAAUUUAGUGCUCCUUUCUAGAAACAUGGUGUCGGUAUUUUAUUACUGCAUGGACCCGAGACAUCGCCUUUUGUCAGUGUGAACGACUGUCUAGAAGCCACUUGGAUACCUGCUGCUUGGACAAGACUUCCUGAGUCUGCGUGUCUCUGUCCUCCCUUUUUUCUUCUUAGGAACAUUGUAUAUGGAGUUUAUAUUUUGAUACUUGUUUUUUAAGAAUUAUAAAUUAAUACAUUCAUCCCUUACACCUAAAUAACCUCAAAAUUAGUGUAUGGUGGAAAAUUUUUAUGUAAUUAAAGUAUUUUAAGUAAUUUUAAAUUACUAAAAUCACCACUGGAAAAAUCCCUUUUGUUUUCCCUUAGUGUACAUCGUUCAGGACCCACUGAAAAUCCACAUCUGUUGUUUAGCAAUCUAGUAGGUCAGCCCAUUCUUCAGCAUCAGAAUAGUUUGCUCUUGAGUUAGUUGAGUAUCAGACGAAGGUGCUAACUUGUGUUUUGAAACAAUGUGGUUCCGAAAAAGUACAUACUCAGACUCUAAACUCAAACCCCACAAAGUGAGAUGUGUGCUAUGAGAAGCCUGUGGGAAUGGUCCUGCCAAGAGAAAUGCAGAUCCCAGUCUCCCAGCCCACACUCCCUCGAGAGAUGUGCUGAUUGGGACGGUGAGGAAAAUUAUUGACACCAUUAAGUUCUCUAAGUUUUAUUUAUUUUUGUGAGGCACCUAUCGUUGAAGCUCUAUAAUGCGACUCUAUUUUCACAGUAAGCAGAAAAGGAGGCAAUUGAAGAAAAAGGGAAAAAUUGGUGAUUUUUUCCACAUUUCCGUGAGGAUGAUCCCUCCCCCAGGUUUGGUUGGUUUUAGUUGUCCACCAGACAUUCUCCAAGUCAGGAGAUGACAAGUGCUGACCAACCUCCUGCAUGUGUACUGCCCACGGACUAAGAACAGCUUCUACGUUUCUAAGCGGCUGGAGAGAAAAAGUCAGGAGUUGGAAUAGUAUUUUGUAACACCUGAAAAUGAGAAGAAAGCCAAAUUCCUGCAACCGUAAGUCAAGUCCUAUGAGAACAGUCACGCUCGUUUAGAGAUGACCUGGGGCUGUUCCCCGCAAAGGACAGAGUUGAGCGGUGGCAGUAGACUCCGCAGGGCCUGAGGGAGGGAGCCAGCCUCGAGCAGAGUGUUGGUGGAUGCGAGAAAGGAAGCUGGACCCUGAGACAGGAACCUGAAGCCAGGGGGAGGAGCCAAGGGAAGAUCUUUUUUUCCCUUUAUUAUUUUAUACUGAAUAGAUGCUCAGUACGAGGUAGGAUAUGCACUGUAGAGUCACAGUGUUCGGCCUGGGGAAACCAAUACUCAGAUGACACACUGCCGGUGGGGAUGUGGUGGCAGUCCCAGGUUCCGUCCCCUUGUCCUCCCAGAAGUGGUGUCGUUUGAUGACAGACUGUAUGGUCGUCCUAAUUCUGUUUUUGAAUGUGUACCCUUCAACCCACUCACUCACUUCUAGGAGAUGAGUCAAAAGGAGUCAUUAGAGCUGUCCACAAGACUUUGCUGUAAGAAUGUAACAGUGGAGUCCUAAAUAAGCUUGAUUUUCAGCAGCAGGGAGUUGGUUGGCGGAGUUCAUGUGUUCAUUUGGAAAGUGGUUAUCGAGCACUGUUUUCUAUCAAGAGGCCCUGGUCUUUGCAAAAAGUGACCUGCCUUUGUGGUUCUAUCCUAGUGACUGUGACAUCACCAUACAAGGGAAAUCUGUAGCCAUUUAAAGUUAAGUUUUGGAAGAACAGGUAAAGAUAUGAGAAAAUACUCAUACUAUAAUAAGAAAAGUCUGUCAUGAAACUGUGUAAUCUUGUAAAGAAUGUUUACAUGCUUUUUUUUUUUUAACUCCAAGGAUAGGCAUAUAGCAAAACAUGAAUGAUGGUGGGACUAUAGUUGAUGUUUAGUUGUUCUUUUUCUGUAUUUCUGAGUUUCCCCCCAACAUUGAAAAUCUUUUGAAAUCUUUCUCUUUUAAAGAAUAAAUGUUCAUGGGUUUGGGGGGUC